CAAUGGGAGCCUUUCGCGCGUUUAUCAUCUCGACGUUCAGCGCUAUAACCAACUAUUUAAAGUGAUUUUCAGUUGUACUGCCGUUGACUGCCCGUUAUUCGAGAACGAACAGUUGCGAACGUCAUUGGAAAGAAAUCUGAUUAGAAAAUGGAUUUCAAGAACCAAUAUAAAAAUCCACGUCCAGGAUUUGGUGACGCGGAUCACAAGAGGGAUUUACGUGCUGUUAGGAGAAAUAAGUCACGCAAAGAAGACCGAUCGCGAGCCUUCAAUUUCAACCGUGACCUACGCGACGUUUCGGCAUCCACAAGUCCACAGCUCGUAGAAAAUAAAGCUGAAAUUAAGGAUGAACUUAUGAAAAAAUUAAUAAAAUGGAGAGAGGAUCGCGAUAGAAAAAAGAAAAUGGAAGCUGCGAAGAAAAAACCUGCAUUUAAAGUUGGAGUUGUUCAUCAUUCUCUAUGUUCUCCUAGGAUUAGAACAGAUAAAAAGUUACCUCAGCAAGCAAAACGGCCAAAUAAUGUCCCUAAAGGUAUUACAAAGGCUACGGAAAAACGAUUACGAGCUAAAGCAGCAGCUGCUUCUACUAGUAUCAAGCAAGCACCAACUACUUCAAAGAAUACUACUUUGACUUCAAUAAAACAUUCUACGAAUAAAAUGGAAAGAAAGUCAACAUCUGCUAUUAAGAAGUCAUCAUCUAUUAAAAAGCACGAAUCAUUCGCUCCUGCUGGUCACAAGUUUAGACCUCCUUCUGGGGUGAAAAAAAUGCCUUUAUUUGGUCUUGUGCAAAUAGAACCAACUCCACAAGAGAAAGGGGACUUCUUUAUACAAGAGAAAUUAAAAGAAUGCAAAACAAUUGAUAUAAAUGAACAACAGAAUGCAACAAUCGAUAUAGAUAAGGAACAUAAUGCAACAAUCGAUAUAGAUACGGAACAUAAUGCAACAAUCGAUAUAGAUAAGGAACAUAAUGCAACAAUCAAUAUAGAUAAAGAACAUAAUGCAACAUUUGAAAUAGAUAAACCGAAAAACAGUUCACUAGAAAAAUUAAAUUAUAAUACUCCUGAUAGAAAUGAUAUUAAAAAAGGAUUUAGAACUUCAAGUCCUAAGGAAGAAGAUUUUAUCGUUUUUUCACCGUAUCUUACACUAAGUCGUGGUAAGAAAAAUGCCAGAAAAGAACAACAGCAGCGCCUUGGUAUCGGUCGUUUAUCAUCCAACGAAAUUCCAACCAAAGAUACUGUAAUGCAAAACCUAAACAUAUCCGUAGAAGACGAGGAACGCACUGCUCAGUACUUUAAAUUUCUCUUGAAGAAAGAAACACUUAGACUUCAAGAACUUUGCCAAAAUUGGUCGAAAAUCCGACUGGAGAAUGAUGUCCCAGAUGACGCUGAGUAUGAAAUAAAUCAAGCAGUAGGACAAACAAAUUUGUUGAUAACCAAAAAGUUUGAAAGAUUUCGUAAUUUAGUACAGGAUUGUGAAACUGGUCGGGGAGAAAUGUUGGUUACGUGUAGAGAUUUGCAAGGAUUUUGGGAUAUGAUGUAUAUGGAAGUCGAGAAUUGUGAAUCGCGGUUUAAGAAACUGGAAGAACGUCAAAGUAGAGGAUGGCAAGAGGAAGAACAUACUACGAUCAAACCAAUUGCCAAAAAACGGGUGCUUCCGAAAAAGCAAACUGUCUCGUCGAAGCCAAGUUCACUUCGAUCAAUAAUCUUAGCAGCUAGAAAAAAGAAAAUUGAAGCAGGGACAGCAAAUAAAGAAGAUUUGUUAUUACAAGAUGAAGAUAUAAAUGAAAAACAUAUUACGUCGAGUGGUAAAAAGUCAAUAACAUUUAAAGAUGUUAAUACUCGACAUAGUACAAGGAGAUCCAAGUCUCACGACGUUAAGGAACACAACAAAUCGACUCCAGUUCGACGUGAGAGUUCUCGAGUAAGUUUGGUGAAAGCACAAUUUUCGGACACAUCCAAAAGAAUGAAGAGUCCAUAUACAGUCAUGAAAAUAAGUCAAAUGUGUAAGACACCUGAAGUUCAGUUAGACGACACAAUAUCAUACGUUAAUUCUGAUCAAACACCAGGUAAAAGUAUAUUAAAGAAAUCCGAAGAAUUAAUAAAUAAAGAGACUCGGAUAAAGUCGGCACAUAAAGUCAAUUUUGAUGAUGAAGUAUUUUCGCUUGACGUCCCUCUUGAUGAAGAAACGCAAGUUAAGCUAAACUUAUCCGCUGCACUAAACAGGAUAGACGGUCUUGAUUUAAAUGAAGCAAGCCCACAAGAGAACAUUGAUGCUGUAAAACAAUUGAAAUUUGAAAGUUUCUCUGAAAAUAUUGAAGAUUUCUCCGAGAAUGAAAUGGGCGCAGCAGAAGCAGAAAUAAAAAAGAAACGAAAUAGAUCUAAAUCAUCUAUUCAGAAUAUGACAGAUUUUAAGGAGCACUUAUUUGACAUAUCAUCAGAGUCUGUUAAAAAGUUAUGGGAUGAUAUACGAACUAUCAAUCAAGGUUUAGAAAAUCCAAUUGAAGACAGGAACAUAUCUAACACGCCACCUUCAAUAAAUAUUUGGUCUGCAACGCCUAUUGCUUCUGAAGAUAAUACAGAAGUAAGAGUGCUCAGAAAUAGAACUAUCACAGCAACUGACACCCCCAAGACGAACAGAAGAAGCAAAAUGACUCCAAAAAAUGUUAGUAAAAAAGAAAAUAAGAGUCCUACAAAAUCGCAUAAAAAAAGCUUGGCAAAAUUAUCACAAAAAGAUGGAAAUAAAAGUAUGACAAGAGAUAAAGAUGAUAUAACAGAGAUUCAGGAUAAUAUAUUAACAGAAAAUGUUGAUAAAAGAAGAAAAUCAUCUCGUAAAAGUGUUGCAUUUAACCCUGAAGACUGUUUGGUAUGUUCCGAAACCAAACCAGUGCUACCUAUGACUCCUCAUUUAAAAAAACAUCGGAAUAAGACUUCCUUCAGACAGAGUCGAGGCAGACACAUAUCCGAUGAAGAUCUUAUAUCGUGGACUACACCUGAACGAAUUCCUAAUAGAAUUACAAGAUCUCAAGGAUUACGAGAUACGAAAAACUAAUCAUUAUUUUUUUCAAUUUUAUUUUUAUCUUUAUUUUAUAUUUUUUAAAGAAAUCGCGUGUAAAUUGCAGAU